AUGGUGUCUUUAUGGCCGACACCAGAUCCAGCCUCGAAUCGGUCAACACCCACACUGCGGACGCCGUCAACAUCAAACGUCGCUGCCUCUUCCUCUCGCAUCACCCUUGCGUCAGACGAUCAACCCUCAAGGAUACAGACACAAAGAUCGACAGACUCAGAUCCACAACCGACAUUCCUUGACGAAAGAACGUUCACAAUACGAUCCGUGGUCGAGCAGUCAUCCGGCAUCGCUGCCACCAUCCUCACCAACCCCAUCGGCGCUGCAAUCGCCGGCAUCUCCACCACCUCCCUCUGCGCCGUCCUCUGGUGGCGCUACUUCCGUCGCAUACCUAACGCUGAGUACGUCACGCCAGCCGUCCUUCGCUACCGCAAAGUGCUCGUCGGUCGAGUAGUAACAGUAGGCGAUGCGGACGGAUUCCGAUUCCACCAUACGCCAGGGAUACCCUACCUCCGCGACUGGUUCUACCCCUGGCCGCCCAAGACGAGUCGACGCAAGGGCAACGAUGGCCGAUCGAAGCUCGUAAGGGAGACCAUAUCGGUGCGCAUCGCAGGUGUCGAUGCGCCGGAAAGCGGUCACUUUGGCAAACCGGCACAGCCCUAUUCCAAGGAAGCGAAACAGUUCUUGACCGGUAUGGUGCAGUCGGCUUCUUCACCGGACAACCUGACUCCGCCCAAGAGCUCGUUCUUCUCCCGCCUACACUCGAGCAGCAGUCAGACGACGAACAACAGUUAUCCGACGAGCAGCGCUGAUCAGAUGAGCAGACUCGUCUGGCUCUACCCCUCGCACAUCGACCAGUACAAACGUCUCGUAGCCACGCCCUACGUGUGGGACGCACCAUACUUCUUGGGCAAGACCAACGUUUCCUUGGCUAUGGUCAAAGCGGGUCUGGCGACGGUGUACCGGUCGGCGGGUGCGGAUUAUGGACAUGCGACGUGGUGGGCCAAAGUGUGGCGCAAGUCAACCACCGGACUCAACGCACUAGAGAGGGCAGAAACGAAGGCGAGAAAGAAGAAGAUCGGCAUGUGGAGCCUCGGGAAGAAGUUCGAGUCUCCAGAGGCGUACAAGAAGCGUGUCAAGGGAGAGUGA